CAGGUUGUGUAGCUGCAACAAAACAUGUUUAUUUCUAAAUUCUCACAGCUUGGAGUUCGGAUGAUGAAGGGCCUAACAAAAGUUCCAGUGAUGUCCGCCCCAAGAACAUCACAUUUUAAUGUGGUCUUGCAGCCAUUGUUUUGUAUUCAGAGGCACGAACCAUUUUGUUCUACGGCUGCAGAUAAGGCUCAGGAGGCAGGGAACAAGGAAAAGCAAAAAAUAUCUGUGACAUUUGUUGACAAGGAUGGAGAGGAGCACCAUAUUACGGUCCCCAUUGGGAUGUCUAUGUUAGAAGCUGCACAUGAAAAUGACAUAGAACUUGAAGGUGCUUGUGAAGGCUCGCUUGCCUGUUCAACUUGUCAUGUGAUUGUGGCGGACAUGGAGUACUACAACAAACUAGAAGAUCCGACUGAUGAGGAGAAUGACAUGCUAGAUCUUGCUUUUGGCCUCACGGAGACGUCUCGUUUAGGUUGUCAAGUGAUUGCAAAACCUGAACUUGAUGGAAUUCGCUUAGCAUUGCCUGCUGCCACACGGAAUUUUGCUGUUGAUGGGUAUAAGCCAAAACCACAUUAGAAAUAUUAUUCUUCUAUGAGGACGGAAUGAAAGAAAGAAGGGAUAGGAGUGUAAAGGACAGGAGUCCGCCAGUUUUGUAGCAUCUCCAGUUUAGUGGAUUAAGGGUCCUGAAUCCGAUAAUGGUGAGUGUAGGAUGAUUAUUUAACGGGAUUUUUUCCUCCUGAAUAACAUGAGUGCUCUACUGCUCUUCCAUUUUUGUUCCUGUCCAACAAGGUUUGGUUUUGUUUUUGAGUUUUCAAAACCUCUUAUACACUGUUCAAAUGAUAUAUCCACCUUUCUUUUCUAC